AUGGAUGUUGGAAAGCUUCUGGCCCUGAUCCAAGAGCGCCCCCAGCUCUGGGACACACGAUCAGAUCUCUACCAUGAUAAAGUGUUGAAGGAGUGUGGCUGGGAUGAGGUCACCCAGGAGAUGUUGGCCCGAGAGUGGGAGAAGGGCAAUUCUGCCAAACGCAGAAAGUUAGUCCAACGUGUGAAGACCCGCUGGCAGUCCUGCCGAGACCAGUAUCGGCGGGAACGGGUGCAGGGCGUUGGGCAUAGUGGCGAGGGUGGGCGCCGAAAGAAGCCCUAUCUAUACACCCGGCAACUGCACUUUUUGAGGCCAGUGCUGGAUGUGAGGACCACUGUUGACAGCCUGGAGCCACAGAGGGAAACUGGCAACACCAGCAGUGAGUCCGACCAGGCAGCGUAUGGCCAGGACUCCCCUCGUCCUGGGGAGCAGGAGGUGGAACCUGUCCAGCAGCUUCCAGAAGAAGAGAGGGAGGAGUCGUCAGCUCGGGAAGGACCAUCUCAACCCCUCGAAUCAAGUCCACAGCCCCGAAGGAGACAGACCCGCAGGAGAAGGGUGGCCCCUCCGAACCCCGAUUCUGCCGCAAAUACUCAGGCACAGGUACAGACUCAGGUGCUUGAGUAUUUGCGGCAGAGACAUUUAGAAGGGAGUGAGGAGAGGAUGCUAAGCGGGCUUGCGCAUCUUUUUAAAGAGCUGCCCGCUUAUCAGCAAACCCUCUUUGUGGAUGUCAUGACAUCGGUCUUCACCAUAUUCAAAACACCGUUAGAUCCACAUGAGGUUGUGUGUUGUGUGGAUAACCUGAAAAACCGUGCUUUCAGCUUAUUCCCACAACCACAACCAGGGCACAGCAUGGUCCCUCAACAUGCUAUGCCCAGCUCAGGUUCCCAGCCCCUUUUUUCCCAGGAGCAGGCAUUUAGGCCACAACCAAGUUUACCUGGCCCAGUGACCUACCCACCCCAAAGUAAUGUGGCUGCCCCUCAUCACCAGGGGCAAGGUCCUUUUACCCGUGAUCUGUUCAACAUAUAA